AUGUCCCCUUACAGACUAGUCUACGGAAAGGCAUGUCACUUGCCUGUGGAGCUUGAGCAUCGCGCAUACUGGGCCAUUAAAGAGCUUAAUUUCGACUCAAGGCUUUCAAAGCAAAAGCGACUUCUGCAGCUAAAUGAGCUUGAUGAGUUUCGCUUGUCAGCAUAUGAGAAUGCAAAGUUGUACAAGGAAAAGACCAAGAAAUGGCACGAUGCUCAUAUUGUGCCGAAGAAGUUUACAGAAGGCAGUCAUGUGCUACAGUACAACUCUCGCUUGCGAUUAUUCCCUGGCAAGCUGAAAUCGAGAUGGAGCGGUCCUUUUAAAGUGAGAAAUGUAGCUGACCAUGGUGCAAUUGAGCUCAAAAAUGCGAGUGGGGAGACUUUCAAAGUCAAUGGUCAAAGGUGCAAACCGUACUUAGGACCAUUGACAGAUGAAGGAUGA